AGCGGCCCUGGGACUUACUGGGGAAGGGCGGGCGUGAGAUCAAGGCGCGUGUGGUGGGCCUUUGCGGGCGGGCGGCGCACCCCGGAACUCCUUCUCUGAAGGCCCGUCAGAGUCGUGGCUGCUUUGUCCCUCAGGCCCUCUUUGAAAACUGUGCUACUUAUCUGGCUUUGAGUCUUGGAGGAUCAUUUAACUCCCUGUGAUUGCCUCGGUCCUUUACCUGUAGAUCCGGGGCUCCCGCGUCCGCCCCGCGCCGAAGGCGACCCUACCCCUUUAGGUGAUGCGGCCCCGCUUUGCAAGUGCAUCCCGGGCAUUGCAGAACAGAACAGCCAGAAGGACCUUUGGAAAAUAGGUGGUUGGUUUUUUUUGGUACCGGAGAUUGAACUCGGGACCUUGCACUUGCAAGGCAGGCGCUGAAACAAAAAAUAGGUUGCUUCCUGAGAGGCUGAGGCAGGACGAUCGCGAGUUCGAGCCCAGCGUGGGGAACCUAGUGAAACUCUGUCUCGAAAUAAAACGCCGGUUCCGCCGCCUGCCUCGAAAGCGCAAGGACCCGAGUUCGAUCCCCGGUACCAAAAAUAAAUAAAAUAAAAUAAAAUAAACAAAAGGGCUGGGGAUGUAGCUCAGCUCGAAGGUUCACAGUUUGGUCCCCCGUUGCCAAGAAAAAAAGAAGAAAAAAAAAAUCCCGGAUCUAGGCCGCAGUCCAGAGGCCACCUACUCCUCGAUUCUUGAAAACUGUUCCCCUGGUCUUUACUUUACAAACACCCACACACACUCCUUUUUUGUGGUGGUACUGGGGAUUGAACCCCAGGCCUUCACACUGAGCUACACCCUCAGCUCUUUUUACUUUGAGACAGGGUCUCACCAAGUUGACCGGGUUGGUCUCAAAUUUGCCUGGGAUGACAGGUGUGCACCAUCAUGCCAGGAUUAUAACUUGUGUUUCUAGAUGUAUCCAUUUUCAGGUGUCAUCUGCUGAUUUCCUAUUAUGUUUCUGCCCUGGUCACACUGUGAAGCCCUUCGGCCUUCACCAUGGACUUCCAACACCGCCCCGGGGGCAAGACGGGCAGUGGAGGUGUGGCCUCUUCCUCCGAGAGCAACAGGGACCGCAGGGAGCGCCUCCGGCAGCUAGCACUGGAAACCAUCGACAUCAAUAAGGACCCAUAUUUCAUGAAAAACCACCUGGGAUCCUACGAGUGCAAGCUCUGCCUGACCCUUCACAACAACGAGGGGAGCUACCUGGCACAUACUCAGGGGAAGAAGCACCAGACCAACCUAGCCCGGCGAGCGGCCAAGGAGGCCAAGGAGGCCCCUGCCCAGCCAGCGCCCGAGAAGGUCAAGGUGGAGGUGAAGAAGUUUGUGAAGAUUGGCCGCCCUGGCUACAAAGUGACCAAGCAGAGGGACACAGAGAUGGGCCAGCAGAGUCUCUUGUUCCAGAUUGACUACCCUGAGAUCGCCGAGGGCAUCAUGCCCCGCCACCGCUUCAUGUCUGCCUAUGAGCAGAGGAUUGAGCCCCCGGACCGGCGUUGGCAGUACCUGCUGAUGGCCGCUGAGCCCUACGAGACCAUCGCCUUCAAGGUGCCCAGCAGAGAGAUUGACAAGGCUGAAGGGAAGUUCUGGACUCACUGGAACCGGGAAACCAAGCAGUUCUUCCUCCAGUUCCACUUCAAGAUGGAGAAGCCCCCGGCUCCGCCCAGCCUUCCUGCAGGGCCCCCUGGGGUGAAGCGCCCCCCACCCCCACUGAUGAACGGGCUGCCCCCCAGGCCACCGCUGCCAGAGUCUCUGCCCCCGCCCCCUCCAGGAGGCCUGCCGCUGCCCCCCAUGCCCCCUGCUGGGCCUGCACCCUCAGGGCCCCCCGGGCCUCCCCAGCUGCCCCCGCCAGCUCCUGGGGUUCACCCCUCUGCACCAGUGGUCCACCCCCCCGCGGCUGGGGUCCACCCGCCUGCCCCAGGGGUCCACCCUCCGGCUCCAGGGGUCCACCCUCCAGCACCUGUGGUCCACCCCCCCACAUCCGGGGUCCACCCUCCUGCCCCAGGGGUCCACCCUCCUGCCCCUGGGGUUCACCCACCGGCCCCAGGGGUGCACCCUCCCCCAACAGCCGGGGUCCACCCACAGGCUCCAGGAGUGCACCCACCUGCUCCUGCAGUUCACCCCCAGGCCCCCGGCGUGCACCCUCCAGCCCCCGGGAUUCACCCACAGGCUCCCGGAGUCCACCCUCAGCCUCCUGGGGUCCAUCCUGCAGCUCCAGGGGUACACCCCCAGCCUCCUGGAGUUCACCCCUCCAAUCCCGGGGUGCAUCCCCCAACUCCCAUGCCUCCAAUGCUGAGGCCCCCGCUCCCCUCCGAGGGCCCUGGGAGCAUUCCUCCCCCUCCCCCAACCAACUGAGGAGCCUCUGCCCUCCCUGUUCUGUGUCUGGCCGCAUGUUUUUCUGUAUUUUCCCAGAGAGAAGGCCUGAGCUUUUGUACUGUCCCCAGAGCCCAUUAAACAGCCUCCCCCGUG